AAUCAGUUACCCAAUCGUGUCUCUGGGGCUCACAGCCCGCCUCCGGGUGUGUGGCCUCUGACAGACACAGCCAUGGCCAACAGGACCGAUGCCUCUGUCCCGUUCACCAGCUAUGAAUAUUACCUGGACUACAUAGACCUCAUUCCUGUGGACGAGAAGAAGCUGAAAGCCAACAAGCACUCCAUCGUCAUUGCCUUGUGGUUGAGCCUGGCCACUUUUGUGGUGCUCCUCUUCUUCAUUCUGCUCUACAUGUCCUGGUCAGGCUCCCCGCAGGUAAGGCACAGUCCCCAAGCCUACCAAAUAUGUUCAUGGACUCACAGCUUCCACCUCCCCCUGUGUCUCCGGAGGGCCUCCCUGCAGACAACAGAGGAGCCAGGAAGUAGAGCUGGCAUUGACCAAUGGUUACAGCAGCAGAGUCCUUCUGCCUCGCCCCCUGGGCCCCUGGCUCUCCCCUAGGACCAGGUUCAGGAUGGGGGUCCUAGGGCAUCAGCUGACCUCAGGCACAAGCAGUGUGUAGUGGUGAGCCUGGAGACAGAACUUCUCAACUGUAGAACUGACAGUGCCCACGAGCAGUCAUGCUCAAAGCCAACUGGUGAACUCAAACCAACCUGGACGGCUGUGUCUUUUACAAUGGCCUUAAAUGUAGCAAGAAACUGACUGGGACGAAACCAAGUUUACAAAGUGGACCACCAUACACGUUAACAGUCUGGGGCAAGCACGGUGAAGCUGCCCCAGACACAGCUGAUUCUGUUGAGCAUGCUUAACCUGCUUGCUGCCUUAUAUUUGCUUUGGGAGGCACGGGAAAAUAAAACAUGAAUUCAGAUAGAGAAA